AUGGCUGCCGAGGGCGAGGACCCGUUCGCCGAGUUCCUCUCGCAGGAGCCGGCGGCGGAGGCCCCCGUGGCGGCGGACGCCGAGUCGCAGCUGGCGGCGCUGGCCGCCAGCGCGAAGCGCCAGGAGCAGCUGCUCGGCAAGGUCUGCAGCUUGCUGGCGAGCCUGGACGAGAAGAUGGGGCGGAUGGCCAACGCUCAGGACAAGCAGCGGCACGGGUACCAUGACUCAGGCCAGACGCAGAUCGGGAUGGGCGAGGGAGCGCGUGCCACGGAGGGCGUGCCCCCGGGCGGGCGGGCCCCGGGGGCCCCGAUUGCCGCCGCAAUUGGUGAAGGCAUGUUUAAAGAGAUGCACGCGCUGUCCGAGACCCUGGACCUUUUGUUCCAGGGCAGUUUUCUUGAGGGCAUGGACAUGCUGAUGCAGAGGUUCAAGGCCUGCCAGCUCGCCUGCAAGGACAUGCGCUGGCGGAGCGCGCGCUGGCUGGAGCUCAUUCGCCCCGACGCCGAUACGGAGAGCUUGGAGGCCCACAUCGCGAUCAGGGUGUUCAGGAGGCGGCUCGCACUGCAGAGGCCUUCCAAGACGCACAAGAAGAUGCAGCUGCAGAGCCCCAAGAAGGACAGCGAGACCCAGGGCGGGCACCGGCAGCGCCUGGCUCAGACGAUGAGGAAGCAGACGCCGCCAGGCCAGGGGAACACUCGCAAGGUCGUCCUGGAAGGCUCGGACAAGCAGGACAAGGCUCCGAACCAGAAGGCCAGGCUUGCAGCGGCCCUCGAGGAUGGCAUGGCCCCGCUCACCUCCGUGCCGUGGCUUAUUGAGGCCAUGUUCACGCGCCCUGGCAGGGCCUGGAAGCUUAUGGUUGAAAAGUCGACCGCGACGAGCCCCAGCGACGUGGUUCCAUAUAUCUGCGCCACCGAGCAUUUUGGAACCGAGAGGUCGGUUGGGCUCGAUGCUGGGGCUGCUGCCGCUUGCACCGCCUCCGCGGCGGCCGAGCUUUGGAUCUUCGACCAGGCCAUGUUCGCUAGCUACCAGUACGCGGGCUCGCGCGGGGAGGAGGCGCGGGGCCACCGCUCGCACUAUUCGGCCGCGCGCGUCAACGCCAUCGGAGUAAUGCAGGAGGCCGUAUUGCAUGUUCUCGCGGGUGACCUCGGUAGGGUACCGAUGCCCCUGCUCAGCGAGAUCUCGACGAGAGCCUCCAGUGCCUACGACAUCGACAGCGGCGCGCGCGCUCUCUGCCACUUCGGCGUAGUGCUCGCCUGGCUGGACGAGCCACCCCAGGCCCUCCUGCCGCGCGCCCUGUGGCCCUCCGAGGUGCCGAAGGCGAGGCUUCUGGUAGACUCGCCUGCCGAGUGGGCCAAGAUCGCGAGCCACUUCCACUCGCUCUGGAUCGUGGAGGCGAUUGAGGAUGAGCACAUCUUUCGGGCGAGUAGCACGCCCGUGCUCAACGGGGCUUUCCCUGUCGAGAAGAAGGGCACUCCAGAGGCUGGGGAGCAACGGCAGUGCCGCUUCAUCAUGAACAUGGCGCCUGCCACCAGACGGGCCUUCUUCGUCUGGGAGAUCCUUCGUCCGUGGCGCAGCUUCGCCGCGCUGAAUGGCCGCGUUCCGGGUCGCCUGCUGGGGCGUCCUGACCUGAGGACCGUGCGCGUCUGCUUGGCUGUCAUUCCGAUGGGCUGGCUGCUGGCGGUCACAUGGUUCCAACGCUCUCAUAGGAUCGUCGACAAUCCGAAGGGCGUGGUCGGCGUCGGAUCGGUCUGCCAAAAGCUGCAGAGAGCAUCCCGCCAGCGGAACGGCGCGGCAUGGGCUGAGCGCAAGGCCCAUCUCGGCAAUACCAGGGUCGAGAGGAUGGGCGCGCUCGUGGACGGCCUGCGGGGCCGCGUCUCGGCGCCCCCCAUGAAGCCGUUCGAGGCGAUGCUCCCCGGGGCCCUGCCGGUGACCAAGGGCUCGGUAUACUGGAAGACCAUCGCCCUCAUGGGCAAGCUGAUCAGGGCGCUGGAGUUUAGGCGCGUGCUCUUCUGCAUCCGUCACGAGGUCUGGAAGUUUGCGGACGGCGCCCAUUCUGGCUGCGGCAGCUCUGAAAUCACCGACGAGAUCCUCGGCGGCAUCGGCCCACCCCCACUCGCCUUCACCGACCUGCGCGCGGAGGUGGAUGCAGGGGUCUCAUGUUCCUACGCGUCAGGGGAUGGCGGAGGCGCCAGCGCGUCGCUGAGGCUCUGCCCCGAGGCUCUAACGAGGCUGACGGCUGCCGCCGCCUUGGGCCAGGAGGUCCGCCAGCGCGUCGCGGCGGGCCGGCCGCUGCUAGGCGAGGCGUCUCGUUGGCGAGCCCGGGGGUCGAGGAACCUUGCCCUGCCGCCGCUCGCUGGCGACGAGGAGCCUGCGGUCCUGGUCGUCGGGCUCUUCGACGGGAUCGGGGGCAUGGUCGUUGCGCUUUCCAGGCUUCGCACCAAGAUCAUAGGAGGGCUCGCGGGCAAGAGGAGUGCCCCCAUCGGCGAGGUACCGCGGUUCCUUCGGGUGCUGAGGGCGGCGUUUCCUGGGAAGGUGCGCUCCCUCAUUGAGAAUGUCGCCUCUAUGCCGCUGGAUGACAUCGAGCGCAUCUCUGACGCGCCGCAGGUCACGCCCUACCGGUGCUGCAGCAGCUGCUUGUUCCCCAGCAGGAGGCCACGACUGCGCCGGCUGUCGCGGCGCCUGCUGCUGCGCGAAGGCUACUCUUACCAGGGCAGGGGGCGCUUCGUCGAGGUCGCCACCGACGGCGCGAAGCGCGUAGAGCUGUCCUGGGCCACUCCUGGCUGGAUCUGGAAUGGUGGCGCGCUGCCAGUGCCGACCCAUGUCUGUGCUAGGUACACCGAGUGCGCUACGAAAGGUGGGUCUGGCUCGAGCUCUGCGACCACGCGGUGUUGCCUGCUCGGAAAUAGCUUCCCAGUCUGCACCGUGUCAUGGCUGCUGCAGCACGCCCUGGUCGCUGAUGGGCACCAGCUGCGGCUGUGCACCGCGCGCGGCCUCGCGUGUCGAUGGGGGACUUUGGAGGUGAUCUCGAGCUACCGGUGGCGCGCGGGAAUCGGGAAGCGCAUCGACGCCCUCGAGAUCCAGGCAGCGGCGGCUGCGGUCGGGGCAAGCCGGCUCAGGCGCAUGCUGCAGUUGAUCGACAGCCAGGUCGCUGCCUCGGUGCUCACGAAGGGCCGCAGCAGCAGCAGGGUCUUGCGGGUGCACGUCAAGCGAUGGGGAGCCUUAUGCUGGGCGACAGGCUGCUACGUCAUGCUUGGCUACAUCGCGUCGGAAGACAACCCGCCGACGGCCGCCCCGAAGGGUUUGGCAGCUCAGAGGCUGUCGCCGCAAGCCCACAGGCUCCAGACUUUGCGACCCUGUCAGAAGCUCUCGGAUCCCAGAGCGCGCGCGAUCACUCUCAAGAGGUGCGGCAUCGCCGUCGCGGAGUUCUUCGUCUUCGCCAUCGAGGGUGGCUUCUUGCUGACUGACGCGGCAAAGCUGGCGCCUAUCAGCCGCGCCUACCCAGCGAGCCCUGAGAUGGCAUUCGGGCUUGCAGGCGCUGCGCUGGCGGCGGGUCAGCCCCUGCUGGCAGCUCUUGUCCUCGUCACUUCUGCGAUGCUUCGGACCAAAGCGUUGCGGGAUCUCACGUAUGGUGAUAUCACGUUUGCCGAGGGCGGCGUCAUCUUGCGGCCCCCGGCGACGAAGAUGGGCGCCAGGACCAGCAGGGUGCAGUUCGUCGCGGUGCAAACGCCGAUCGCAGUCAACUUGCUGCGAGUUUCGGCUGAGGGCGCCAAUCCGACAGACCACGUGUGCCCGCGCACGUGCGCACAGCUCCAGCGGCUUCUGAAGUCCCUCCUCGCUGCUGCCUCGACCCCGCCUGCACGCUGGCCCUGGUACAGCUUCGGGCGGGGAGGUGCCUGCCAUGAUCUUCUCCUGGGCGUCAAUCUCGAGCGCACACCGCAGCGAGGGAGGUGGCGCGCCGUAACUUCUGCCCGCGCGUCUGUCGAGGAGGCCGCCGCCGACUUCGACGAUGCCUCAAUGAGCCAGCUCGAGAGAUAG